AUGCGCAGUUCACCUUGAGUGAGGUCACAUGGAGGGAAUGCGAUCACUGUGCUCGUGCGCCAUAUCCAGACACGACAACAAGCGCAAACCCGUUCUAUUAUCUCGAGAACGUGUGGACGUGCACUUGUACUUGUACACGCACAUGUUCGUUUACUGUACAUGUACAUGUACGUGUGGCGCGCGCAUGUGGAAAUAUUCGUACUGGCAGUUGGAAUUUGAAGAAGAGAAUAAACGACAGGCUUCGAUAUCUCUUUCUGAAGCUCCACGGUAACUCCAUGCCUAGAGAUCAUCAUGAAUUGUUCUCCGUUUCCUCUGUUGUUCUUCGUGGUUUACGCUGGUCUGACUUCUGAGGCCGGUAUCGCCAACGUGACAGGAGACACCACAAUGACUACCCCCACCACCCCACCCAUUAUUACCAACGGCACCGCGAUCACAACCCCAUCCCCCAGCGGCCCGACUGGCAGCGUCACGCCGACUACCCGGGCCACCAACGCCACGACCCCGGCCCCGACAUCCCCUGCCGCCACUACCCCGUCAGCAGCUAACAUGACCACCAAGCCGGAGGUCGUGACCACCCCCAUGACCGGCAACACGACGGGAAACACGACAGGUCCUACCAACAUUACCAUCACGACGGUUGCUCCAGCGCCUGUCGUCCCAAGGUUUCAAGUCAACAAUUCCGAUGGGGAGACUUGUAUGCUGUUGAAUUUCAACGCCAUGAUGAUGGUGAAUUACACCACAAAGGACAAGGGGGUUCAGACAGCGACUAUCCCCAUCAUGAAUGCAACGUCAUACGAGGGAUUCUGCAACAGUACCAUGCCGAGAACCUUCACCCUCUAUUAUCCCGACAACGACUCGUUUUGCGCCUCUCUGACUCUGCUUUUCAACGCAACGAGCAACGCAACUUACUACAACGCUGAAGCCAUAUCCGUGCGCUACGUCGAGCCGUGCUUCCCAUCAAAUGCUUCUAAAUACAAUGGCACCGACCAAAUCAAGUACAGUCCAUCCUACAACGGGACCAUCGGAAAGAGCUUCCAAUGCCAAAAAAUAUCCCCAGUCAGCAAGAACAGGAGUUUCGCUCUGGUGUUGGACGAUGUCUUCUUGCAGCCUUUUGCAGAGAGGUCGGCCGAUCCGGGCCGCUUCGGCGAAGUUGAAUCCUGCCGCGAUGUGCCGUCCACGCCUAAGCCUACGGCGACGUCCGGCCCGUCGCACCCGCCCACCAAGCCCAGCCCAAGCCACGCUGGAGAGAUCGCCGGCAUCGUCCUGGGCCUGCUGGCGGCGGUGCUCAUCGUGGGCUUCGUUGUCUACAUGGUGAGGAAGAGGCGGUACAAGCCGAUAUCCUACGGGAACCUGGACGAGGAAAUCACCCGAGCCAUUUAGCGACGGGGAACAGUGUCGUGUUUGUUUUGGGGUUUUUUCGUACCACAUUUUUUUCCGUACCACAUCUUCGCUAUGAGUCGGAGGUUAAAGGUCACGAGGCAUGACAAUACGGGUGCUACUCGUGCACGAGACUUUAUUUCAAAAAAGAUCCUUCGCUUUGUAUACCAAAGGUUAGUGUUUUGGCUAUCUGUGUUGCAAUUUGCGAUCACUUUUUUCAGAGUGUUAGUCAGAAGUUGGAGGUUUUAAGUGUUUAAAAUUAUUGAGUGAGAAAUGAACAAAAAAAUAAACGACAAAACUAUAAGCUGGCGAAUAUGUGGUACGGAAAAAAUCUCCGACGGGGAUGCUCUAAGCUCUUAUUGCAGCACUGCCUCGUGCACAAAAGAAUUACAACUCAUAGCAUCAAGCAGCCUGCUGGAUUUGCCAUACAAGUUGAAAUUUCAUAUGACACCAAGACCGAAAAGGUCAGGUUUCUUUAUUAGCCAAGAAGCACUUUUCUUUUCUGUUUAGCGGAGUGGAGGCACUCACCGCAAUACGCAUGUGCGAAUCACCACCUGUCGGACGAAGCCUGUCACAAGGGUGUUCCCAGGUUCAUAAUUGUUGUAUUUGAGAGGCAGAAUGGGUAACAAGUCAGCGUCUUUUUGGUGCUGACCGUGUCCGUUCAAUUAAUUGUGUGCCAAAGGCGUGAGUUGUUUUACUCCAUGCUACUAAUUAAAAUUAUAUACUUUGAUUCCUGUAAAUUUCGUUGAGCUAUAUUGUGCUUUUCCCCUCAAAUUCUAGGCUGUAGAAGAGUUUUAAUUGCAGUGGGAGUUUGAGUUGGUUGAAACCUGGCGCAUGCGCAUUGUGGUAUGUGACUGCACUGGGUAUAUAUAUUACUUUUAAAGAGACUUUCAGUUGCUUUCUUUUGUUUUUCUUUUCUCUUUUUUUUAGGUUAACAUCUUUUACGAUACGCAGAAUGAUCUAUAACAUUAAUGGAUCGGUCUAGCCGUAUUCCGAUACAUGUAUUUAAAGGGUCGUCUGCGUCUUUUUGAAUUCAAGGCAUUCCAAGACCUUAAAAAGGAAACUAAGGAUUGAAAUGCCUUCAUAUUUUGGCAAAAGAAUUAUAAAUAUUAUGAGCAGAGGUAUUUUGAUGGGAGUAUAUUUUGUAGUUCUGCAUGUGGUGUGUAUAUAGGCCUGCCUGCAUUUUACACGGAGCCUUUUGUAACGAAGAAAAGUAAGAACCGAUAACUAUUAUGUCAACGGAAAUCGGAAAACGCGUUUUCUGUUGCUGCUCAGUGUUCUGCAAUUUUCAACUCGCCUCCCAUAAAAUGUCAGUUCCACGGCGCCCUCUACCGGAACGCCGCUUUUCUGACAGAGCACUGCCUGACGACCUAUAAAAGCUUAGAGUAAUAAGUGGGGGAGGUUAAUAUGAAUUUUUGAGACUAGCACGCUUUACCAUGCAGGGGCACAUUCAACAUUGUUAUUGAAACACUCUGUAAAUUUACCCUGACAUGUUUGAAUAUACAUGUAGUAAAUAUUUUCACUCCUUUCGAAGUAGAGUUGUUUAUAUUAAGAGUGUUUCAGCUGACUGUUGAGUAAAGAACCGUCUGAAAUAUUUUGGUUAAGUGGAAAUUUGGCAGUUUUUUUGUUGUAAGUAGUUGACGAGAAAGCAACCUGUGUUUUAAGGGAUCCAGGAAAUGAAUUUUUCUUAGAAUCACGUUUUAGGUAUCUCUGUACUCUUCUUCCAUGUAUGAAGACUUUGACAUCUUUUUGACUUACGCGAACUGAACGGUGUACUUUUUCAAACAUUAAAAAUUUACCAAGCAUUUCUGGACAUGUGAGGGUGCUUUCGCUUUGAUGUCCAGGGAGACAUGGUUCCAGUCACAUGUUUUCAUGUUCAAGUUGUCAACCCAAAUUUGCUAUCUGGGAACAUUUCUGUGAAAAGGAUUUUUGCUGGAUUA